AUGAUGAUUAAAAGCAUCUGCGUGCUCAUCUGCCUGCAAAUUCUAUGCAUCGUGCGCGCAUCUAACGGAGAAUACGCCCCAUUGCAAGCUUACAAUAAUGCUGACAAAGACACCACCAUCGCCAUCAGACGGGCUCUACACGAGGCUAGAGGGAAGACAUACUCGAUGAAUCAGACUGCUUUAACAAAAAGUUGGGAAAACGCUACUAUAUUCUCGAUUGAAGCAAGCACUGAGAGUUCUGCUGGAUCAAAGAACGGGACAGUCGGUCUGGAAUCAGGGCUGUCAAUCGUCUGCAAAGUCUGUUAUAUUAAUGGGACUGUCGGCGGCUACUUGACCGUCGGGGAUGGGUUCAAUGUUACCACGGCCGUGGAUAGCGUUGGGGACGAGAUUGCGAAUGUCACAGAUUCUGCACUUUCUCGGCUUGAAAAUUAUGCGCGUGAAGCCGCCAGCGAUAUUCUCAAAGAUGUCUCUCAAUUCCAACUGAGCGAUAUUCCCGCCUGGCCGACAUUGGAUCUUGAUUUCGACCUGGAUGAUGCAAGCGGAUUUUCUGGGGUACAUGCACAGGUUGACUUUGAUGGUUUGGAACUAUAUCUGGAGCUAGAUCUUCAGCUGUCGGCCGGGGCUACUUACACGUUAAACCUGUUCACCUCGGAGACUCCAGCAGGAAUCUCAAUAUCCAGUCUCGAGGCCGGUGCCAUAUUCAAGGUUUCGCUUGUUCUCAUUGCCCAAGCGGAAAUCGAUAUUAGCAGUGGAAUCCACAUUAAGCUAGAUGACGGAUUAACGCUGGCUUUGGAACUGUUCAACAACAAUGUAUCGAGCAUUACAGUACCCGGUGGCCGGAUGGAAUUUCUUCCAGUAACCGUUGAAGGCCAUGGAACCCUUCGGGCCCUCCUACAAGUCCAAACCAGUAUCGGAUUUCAACUAGCAACCCCAGACUCGGUCUCCGUCUUCGAGUACCUGAGCUUUAGUGCAGGGAUAGGCGGCGAAGUGUCUGCGUCUGUGGCUGACUUCCUCCUGCAGAUCGAUUCGUCUACAAGCGAUGAUGGUCACUGCGACUUUGAAGCUGUUGCAGAGUACACCCUCGCUGUGGGUGCUGCUGCGGGGGCAACCGUUGCUGUUGACACAUACCAAUGGGGGCCCACGCCCAACACCACCGUCCCAGUGUUCUACACAACCCUGGAUAGUAUCUGCGCGGGUUCUAAGACAUCUCCGUCUACUAUAACCCCAUCUGCCACCCUUGAACAGCGGAACGACCUCGUUAGCACUACAGUGUCUACCUCGACGACGUAUACGCUCGUUGACUGUGCAUCACAAGGACUAAUCAACUGCCCUAUCUAUCUCCAGCGGACGACAUCAGUGAAGAGCACCAUGACAACAGUUCUCACAAUCAAAUCCGGCAUAGAUGCCACAUAUCCCGCGAGCACCUUCUCGUCCUUGACCAGUGUCAUCCCCUUUGGCAGUGAUGCUCGCAGACUCGUAUCCACAUCCGGAACCCCGGUAUCCUACAUUCCCCCGACUGCGACCGCAACAAGUAGUUCCAAUCCCGCUACUGACAAUGACCACCGCCACCACAACCACCAUUCGAAUAACAACAAGCUGAUUAUCGGCUUAAGUGUGGGGCUUGGUGUCCCGGCCGUCAUAGCAAUAGCAUCUGCCCUAUGGUGGUUUGUAUAUCGACGUAAACAAUACUCAGCAGUAUCGCAAUCCGAUAUGACAGCUCGUCCGUCCGAACUGGAUAGAGGUGCAAAAGAACCACAGGCAAUAGUGGCUGCUGCUGCUGGUUGA